GAACCAAACAGACCUAUGUCCUUGAAGCGCUCAAAACGCUUGAAAUCCUGCUGUUGUUUCUGCUCCCCCGCUUUUAUUACAUGAAAAGCGCGCCGCGAUGUUGUUUAAAUUGUGUAACUUUCCAACGCUCUCGUUUUCUCGAAACAAAUGAAUGUGUUGCUACGAGUCCUAUAUUUCUGGCAUUUCAGCAAUCAUUCAUUUUCUGAGUACCAUUUGACCUUAAAAACAUAAAUCUUGAAAGAAAGAUGCUCAGAAAAUUAAUCAACACUGUGAUCGACACGCCGCUUCAAACGCCGACUGCCUUUCCGCACCCGUUCACCAAGAAGGAAACCCUGCACCUGUCUUGGCUCACCCAGCUAACACCAUGUUUCCCUAUCAGUGCCAAGAACAUUUCCAUUCUUUAUGAACCAGCAGACUUUUACAAUGCAUUGCUUGAGUAUGGCCAAAAAGCCAAGGAGCGGAUCACUAUUGCCAGCCUUUAUCUGGGCAAUGGGGACCUGGAGAAAAAGUUAGUCAAAUCACUCAUGGAUAACAGUCAGCUGAGCCAAUUGAAGAUUAAUAUUUUGCUUGACUAUGCAAGAGGCAGCCGAUUUGCGAAUAAUUCCAGGAAAAUGCUUCAGCCACUGUUACAGCAAUCAUCCAGCUGUACACUGUCGUUGUAUCACACACCAACUCUGCGCGGCGUGCUGAAAAAGGUCAUGCCAAACAGAUGGAAUGAGCUGUUUGGCGUGCAGCAUAUGAAGCUUUAUAUUUUUGACGAUACACUGAUCAUCAGCGGCGCUAACCUGUCGAACGAUUAUUUUACAAAUCGGCAGGAUCGCUACUUCGUUAUCAAAGAUAACAACCUCUGUGAUUUCUACGACGGGCUGAUCAAACGUGUGCAAAAGUUUAGCAUCAAAGUAGACGAGAACGAUAGCGAGGAAUUUGGGGAAUACGGCUCACCGUACGAGGGCAGUAAGAACAAUUUUAUAGAAAAAGCCGGCGACGGAAUUGAGAAGUAUUUGGCGGAAGUAAAAGUAGAUCAGAACAACCAUAAACAUGAAGGUUUCGAUACGUGGAUAUUUCCAUUAGUUCAAAUGGGCCAGCUGGGUGUUGUACAAGAUGUCCAAGUUACUGCGAAAAUCUUCGGUGAUGCUUUACCCGGCACUCGCAUGAAUAUCGCGACCGCAUACUUCAAUUUGACGCAUGAUUAUGUCCGAAGUUUGAUUUUUAAAUCAAAGGCUGAGUGUAACUUACUCAUGGCGCAUCCGGAGGCAAAUGGAUUUCUUGGCGCAAAAGGAAUGGCGGGUGGAAUACCGGAUGGAUAUACACUCUUAGCGCGCCGAUUCAAGGCACAAUUGGACCGUCAAUGCCAGCAGAACCGUAUACACCUGCUGGAGUAUAUCAGGAAGGGUUGGACAUACCACGCAAAGGGUUUGUGGUACUAUUCGCCAGGCUCUGAAAAGCCCAGCAUGACUCUGAUUGGGUCCCCCAACUUUGGCGAUCGGUCUGUGUUAAAAGAUCUCGAGACGCAGAUUGCCAUCGUCACCGAGAAUCCUGAAUUGCAGGAAAAGCUGCACGACGAAUGCACCCGCUUGUACAAAUUGGGCCUGCGUGGCGAUUUCAAACGUGAAGUCCCACAUUGGGUCUACGCGAUGGUGUUCCUAUUCAAAGACUUCUUUUAGUCGGCUAUCUAGUCAUCAUCAUCAUCACGCGUCAUCCUUCUUGUUGCCUAUUGUGAUAAAUUCGUGAUGCGAUCACAUGCAAAAUCUAUGUUGUUGAUUUGUUGAAAUAAAUUUUAUCUGCGAUUGCACAUUAUAAA